AUGCAGUGCGAUGUAGCCCAGCAGACCUGUAGGAAGAAUGGGUCGCCGCUACAGUUCUACUGGAGAGUCCCCAUCCAGCCCGAGCUCAUCGAGUCCAACGUGGAACUGCUGAAGGAAACAGUUCCCGAGGAGAGCAAUCACCUGCUGGAAGUGAGAGCUGACAGCUGUCCUGAUGGCCACCCUUGCCCAAGCAUCUACACAUGUUGCAAGAUGUAUAAAAGUGGAUAUCGUUGCUGCCCCUUUGAAAAUGCCCAGUGUUGCUCAGAUGGAUUCCACUGCUGCCCCGUUGGAAGCCAGUGCAAUGCCACCACAGGAAGAUGUGAUCACAAAACCCACAAGUUCACCCUGGACCCUUACCCUCUCCCUGUUAAGAAGGCAACUGAGAAACCAAGAGCAGCACUUGGAUCACGGCCUCUUCGCACUGGAAUCUCAGCUGACAGCUGUCCUGAUGGCCACCCUUGCCCAAGCAUCUACACAUGUUGCAAGAUGUAUAAAGGUGGAUAUGGUUGCUGCCCCUUUGAAAAUGCCCAGUGUUGCUCAGAUGGAUUCCACUGCUGCCCCGUUGGAAGCCAGUGCAAUGCCACCACAGGAGGAUGUGAUCACAAAACCCACAAGUUCACCCUGGACCCUUACCCUCUCCCUGUUAAGAAGGCAACUGAGAAACCAAGAGCAGCACUUGGAUCACGGCCUCUUCGCACUGGAAUCUCAGAUCCAGGUGGCAAGUGUCCCGAUGGCCAUCCUUGUCCUGAUAAGUUCACAUGUUGCAAAGUGCCUGACCAAGGCUAUGGGUGCUGCCCUUACUCAGACGCUGUGUGCUGCACAGACUACAUUCACUGCUGUCCGAAGGGUACCAACUGCAAUACAACCCUAGGCACAUGUGAUGUGGAGAAGAGGGAGUCCCUUUCAGUACCAGCAUUCUCACUGCUAACAAAACAACUGGCCCAUGUUUCUCAUAUUCCCAAGAAAGAAGAGGUGCAGAAAACAGCAUCAAAUGUCUCGACUGUUGUGUGUCCUGAUGAGCGUUACCUGUGCCCUGAUGGAAGCACCUGUUGUCAGCUACAGUCUGGAGCUUACGGAUGCUGCCCCAUGGAUCAUGCAACAUGCUGCAGUGACCAUAUGAACUGCUGUCCCCACGGUUAUAGAUGUGUUACUGGUGGUUGCGAGCUGAACCCAGACCACGACGAUGCUCCCUUACAUCGCAAAGUCACCCCUGCUAAGAAGACUGCUGAGAAAGAACCACAGCAGACAGAUGAAGAUUUACAAAUUGUAAUAUGCCCAGACAAGCUCUCAGUUUGCCCUGAUGAGAACACAUGUUGUGACAUUGGCGGUGGUUUUUAUGGAUGUUGCCCAAUGCCAGAGGCAACAUGCUGCGAAGACAAGGCUCACUGCUGCCCCCACGGCUACCGCUGUUCUUCUGCGGGUUGUGAGAAGGCCACGGGAGAUGGUCUACAGCUGGUCCAUCUCCAUUUCACAAAUGUCUCGGAGAGCAUAGGAGAAGUGAAGAGCUACAAAGAACCAGAGAAUGACGUGAUCUGUCCUAACAAGGAGUUCACCUGCCCCGAUGGAAAUACUUGCUGCAGUGUUGGUGGCGGAGAGUAUGGAUGCUGUCCAAUGCCUAAGGCAACAUGCUGCGAAGACAAGGCUCACUGCUGCCCCCACGGCUACCGCUGUUCUUCUGCGGGUUGUGAGAAGGCCACUGGAAAUGGUCUACAGCUGGUCCAUCUCCAUUUUACAAAUAUCUCGGAGAGCAUAGGAGAAGUGAAGAGCUACAAAGAACCAGAGAAUGACGUGAUCUGUCCUAACAAGGAGUUCACCUGCCCCGAUGGAAAUACUUGCUGCAGUGUUGGUGGCGGAGAGUAUGGAUGCUGUCCAAUGCCUAAGGCAACAUGCUGCGAAGACAAGGCUCACUGCUGCCCCCACGGCUACCGCUGUUCUUCUGCGGGUUGUGAGAAGGCCACGGGAGAUGGUCUACAGCUGGUCCAUCUCCAUUUCACAAAUAUCUCGGAGAGCAUAGGGGAAGUGAAGAGCUACAAAGAACCAGAGAAUGACGUGAUCUGUCCUAACAAGGAGUUCACCUGCCCCGAUGGAAAUACUUGCUGCAGUGUUGGUGGCGGAGAGUAUGGAUGCUGUCCAAUGCCUAAGGCAACUUGCUGCAGCGACCAGGAGCACUGUUGUCCUCACGGCUACACUUGCAAAGAUGGAGGAUGCGAGAGAAAGCCAGGAUCGCCUUUCACGCUGCCAGCAUUCACCUCAAAGUUGUCCCUGACGAAAGAAAAAAACGGGAAUGAGAGAGACUAUCCGCAAGUGAUGCUGUUGCCAUAAAGAAAAUGGUUGCCUAUGAUUUUUUUUCUCUUCAUUUCCCCCAGUCUUCCCUUACAGAGGUGAAGGAGUAGGUAAUUCUAUCAGAUUUUGUGACCAUUGUUCAGAUGAUACACACAAUGCUCAGUAGAUAUUUGAUAAUCAGUAUUCUUGAUGUUUAACUUUGUCAUCGUUAUGCACUACUCGUUUUCCUUUCUCGUCACAGGAUUAUUUUGAGCACAUUUUAAGUUUCCAUGAACUUAGAUGUAGCAGGGAACCAUUCCUGUAGUUAUAUGUGAUGUCUAAUUUUAUACAGUUUAGGUAGGAGUGUGGAAUGGUAGAUGGAUACUGUAUUUCCAACCAUAAAGCUGAUAGGUCUUAUUUUCUGGCACUCACUUAAGUUUUGAUAUUAUAAGAGAAUCUGUUAAUGUUUUCUUCACAAACUUUCCAAAUGUGUCUUAGUCAAGUGGAGAAAUUAGCUAUUAAGUCUUUUUUUGUUGUUUUUUUUGUUUUUCUUUACACUGGGCAUUAUGUGAUGGGAUAUAUUUUAGAAUAGAACAUUUUGUUUCCCAAAUAUUAAAAUUACAGACAUGAAAUGUACGUUUUGUAUUUUAUAUAUUUUGACUUAUGCUUGGGAUAUUUUUGGUGAUGUAUAUUUUUAUUUGUAGGUUUUGUCAUGAUAACUAUGAUAAGGAGAAUUUAGAAGUAGUAGAUAUUUUUAUUCAGAAUUAGGGUAAUAACAUAGAGGUUAAAUACCUGUUCUAUAAUGUUUUUGGCUUUUACUGUUCAUAUUUUUACACUUAAUAAAAUUAUUGUUGCAA